UCCUGGCUGAAAACGGAAAUUUACAAGAACAUAGGGUUGCGAUGACUCGCUAUAAUAAGUGGCGAAAACAAAAUCGUUCAACCCGUAAUGUCCUUCUUAACACUAUGCACAAAGAACUCAUACCUACGUAUGAAGUGCAUGAAACUGCUAAGGGAAUCUGGGAAGCACUGAUAGAUGCCUACGUGCAGAAGUCAGAUGCGAGAGUUAGGGCAAUGGAAUUAGAAUUUCAGAAGUACAGGAUGCCUGUCGGCUGCCCCAUCAAAGAUCAUAUUCGUAAGAUGAAGCAAAUGAUAGGUGCCCUUAGGAAUGUUGGGUGUAAAUUGACUGAAAAUCAGAAGAUUAUAGCCAUGCACCGUUCCUUGCCUGAAUCUUGGGCCCAAAUCAAAAGAAUUCUAAACCAUAUUGAUUCUAUCACUACGUUCAAAGACUUUUGUGGCCACUUGGUACGUGAGGUUGAAAUGAAUGCAAUUCAGCCAGGUUCGGCCAAGGCCUUUGUAGCAGAGACCCACAAGCGGAAAGCUAACAACAAACGGUCCAAAGCUCGCAAGAAGGCGAAGAAAAAUAAUCAAGAACAGAAGACUACAACACCUCCUCCAAAUCUCAAGAAGGGGAAUGGAAAGAAGAAGCAGAAAAAGAUAAAUGUAGUCUGCUUUUUCUGUGAAAAUUUCGGCCAUUAUGCUCGACAGUGUGCCCAUAAAAAGACGGCGCAAUAAAGCACGUGACACAGAGUCGUCGAGGACUCGAGGAAUUCCAGCCUGUAGCCAAAGGAAGUUACAAGCUGUACAUGGGCAAUAACGUUGUUGAAGACGUAUUAGGGAUUGG